AUAAAGGUGUGAAAAGCAGGCCUCUAUUGUAUGGACCAAUCACCAGUUAUUUAUAUCCGAUUCAGUACGCAAUGUGAUUGGCUUAACCCCAGUGAAUGAUUUAGAUGUUGUCAGUUAUGUUGUUGUGAACGUAACACACGUGCAAGUCUUCCGCGAAGACUGACAUUGGCCAUUGUCUCAAGUGAGAGGGUUUUGGCGCGAUUCAGUACUACCAGGGUUUAUAGAGUCAUUUUUACGGGUACCUUGCGAAUACGAUACGCGUACUGCAAAUGUGAUCGAGUAAGAGUUGUAAGGAGCUCGAACCGUCGUAUCCAUUGAUGGAAAACCUUGCACAAGAAGGAAAAUGUUGUAAGGUUGGGUUUACUACGCUUAGCAUCACACGUGGUAGAUAAUUUGAAGAAUGGAUGGAAACUCCGAUGGCUUAAAUAAUCGUCAAGACAAAAUCGAAGACAACGAGGAUGUCACGUAUCGAAGGAAUUGUACUUGCGGUAGUUCGGCGCUCUCUUCGAGAAAUCUGAUUACCGUCUUGAUCAUUUUAAAUCUCGUGUUUAUGUGUCUGUUCAUAGUAGUCUUCCUAAGACUCGAAAAUGUUAAAACACGGUUAUCGAAACUGGAAAACGAAGCCGAAGUCUCGAACGGGGACACUAGAACUCAGCCAUCGGUGAAUCCGCUUGGAUUGUUUGGAUCGAAUAAUGGCAGCAAUUCACUACGACAUAAAAAUUCUACACUUACGGACUCGGGUCGGGAGAGAGCGAAUUCAUCUCUACAGCCGACUACAUCUGGACCAAUUUCACUCACAACAAGUGAAAUUUUAAAGAGUGCAGUUUGGCGGCGAAGUACGGAUUACACAAACCCAACGAGACCUGCCAAAUCGUCGAAAAAAAAGUUCAAGAAAUGGGCAAAAGAGCAUAUAAAAGAGAGAAUAAGUAGGCUUCGAUCAGACGUCUGCACGUGCCAGCCAGGCCCACCAGGACCCAAAGGUCCAAGAGGAAGAAGAGGAAAGAAAGGACCACAAGGACCUCAUGGUCAAUCUGGGUUACCAGGUCAAAGAGGAUUAACAGGUCAACAAGGGCCUUCUGGUCUAAAGGGUGAUCCAGGUCCUCCAGGGCCAAAAGGAGACAAGGGUGACAGAGGUGAUCAAGGACCACCAGGCAAAAGAGGACCACAAGGUGAAAAAGGAAGCCGAGGCCUAACAGGUCUAGAGGGAAGUCAAGGACCAAAAGGAGAAAAGGGCGAUCGUGGUGGCCCAGAGCCAUUACCAAAACCUUCUGCGCAUGUCACAGGAUACAGCAAAUCUGCAGCACCAAAUCCACCGAAAGCAGGUAUUCUCCGGCACUGGGAAGGCAACCUUGGUCGGGCACAUUCAUUUGGAGGAAUGAACUACAGAAAUGGAGAAUUGAUCAUACCUAAAGUUGGUCGGUACUACAUCUACAGUCAACUGUACUUCCAAGCAGAGGAUGACAAACCGCACCUAAUUCAUUACGUCCACCUGACAAGUAAUAAUGUCACUAAUGUGAUUAUGAGAAGCGUCACGUCACGGUGUUCAACUAAGAACUCCAACAUUCAUCUAUAUAGUAGCUACCAAGGUGGCGUCUUUGCAUUGAGCACAGGGGAUAGAUUAUCAGUGGGUGUGUCUGAGGGCCACUCUGAUUCUGUAUCGAUGGAAGAAUCUGCCAGCUUCUUUGGUGCUUUUAUGAUCUAGCAUACAAGUCCUUAGGGACUAAAGAGGAAGAAAAUGCCGUUCUAGUGCAUUGAAUUAUUUAUCCUCUAUUGGAAUUGAACACAUGAAGCUAAUCCCAAGACCUAAAGUGUGUACAGGAAAAUGGUGACAGAACAGACAGACAGACAGAAUAAGAAGACCAACAGUGAUGGUAUCUGUCCAAAAUUUGUAAAUAUCAGGUUUGUGUAUGAAUGCGGGGACUAAAUAUGUACACAACAGACUUCAAGACCUGUUGUAGGUUUCAAUGAGAAGGGGGAGGGGGGAAUGCCUUGCCAUUUAGUGAGAGUCACUCGGAAUUAGGUCUUUUUUAGCAAUUCACUAAGAAAUAUGUAAAGCUUCAUAUGUAUAAAAAAAAAUUGACAAGACUUUCAUGAAUUAGAACAAUUCAAUUAUACUCUGUAUUCGAUAGUAGUCAAUAUUUUUAAUAAGCAAUAUUACUUAUUGUAGAUGGUUAAAUUUUUUAAGUAUAUAGUCGUCAUGAAUGUUAUAUUGGUUAGUGUUUUUGUGUAUGCGUUGGUCGUUAUGUCAUCAUCACCUUAAACUUAAUUUCAUUUUGAUAAAAUACAACUUAUUUUUUUAUUUUUUUUUUUAAAUUAACAAAUAUAAUGCACUAAUGCUAACCAAAUGCAAGCCUUGUGUAACAACAAGCAAUAGAAAAACCAGUAGAGUGAGUAACGCACGGGUUGCUGUAGCUUGUAGGACAGUCAGAAACUUGCUGUACAAGAGUCGUCCAUAUUAAUUAUGUGUCAGUUGACGUCAGAUAUGACAUAGCUUUGUAUAAAGUAAUGAUGUUUUAAAAGCACCAAUGUCUUUGUACUCAAUGAGAACAUGUUGCUAUAGCACUAGGCAUUGCUCACCUACUCACUUUGCUGUGUUUGCUUACACAAGGCACCUAAUAAGACUAAUGCAUCUAUAAGCACCAAUAAUGUCACUGUACUCAAUGUGAACAUGUUGUGACUCUAGGCAUUGCUCACCUACUCACUUUGCUGUGUUGCUUACACAAGGCACCUAAUAAGACUAAUGCAUCUAUAAGCACCAAUAAUGUCACUGUACUCAAUGAGAACAUGUUGCUAUGACUCUAGGCAUUGCUCACCUACUCACUUUGCUGUGUUGCUUACACAAGGCACCUAAUAAGACUAAUGCAUCUAUAAGCACCUUAGUACCUUAAUACCAAGCAUCAAGACAACUAAUCACGAUAAAGUCCUUUUAAUGAGUUCUUUAUCAUUAAGAAAUGCCACUCACGGGUUUGUGCAUACCAGAUCACCCCAAAGCUUCCCAUAAUGCACUGUAAUCCAUUAACAAUAUUGUAGAAUCUGGCCGGUAGCCCGUCCAGUGUACUCAACUAAUACGAUAGUUUUACUAUCUUUAUAUACGAUAUAUAAACAUGUCAUGUUACAUCCAAACUGGAAUCUAAUAUGUCAAACUUGUGUCAGUUCAAGAGAAAGUAACAUUGUAUUCAGUGUCUAUUGUGUUGAGGCAAACUUGUCUGGGUAACAGACUCGAUUAUUAUUAUAUUAAUUAUUACUGAUAUUAUACCUCAUUUUUGGAUUCUCACAGCAUGAUUGUGAAUAGUCACUUACAUCUUUUUUAUGCAUCUUGGAAUUCACUUGUUUUGCAGCCUUCAAGCUGAGUCCUAAAUAUAAGUUUUUCCCCCAAUUUUGAAUAUUUUUUAGCUCAUUUGACUAAAUCAUUUUUGCAGAGGUCACUCGGAUCAAGUUUGCCUUAAUUCAAACUAUCAUAAUUUAACUUCAACAAUUGAAGGCUUGGAACAGAUGUUGACUUUGACAAGACACUUUGUCUGGUCAAAGCAACAUCUAGACCACAAGAAGCCCAAGCUCUAACUUCGACCAGGUUUCAUUGCUUGGGCUUCCUGUGUUUAGAUAUUUCUCCUAGAAAUGACGCAUCUCAAAGAUGAUUUUUCCCAUUUGUUUUCAAAAAAUAAUUAUACUUGCUCCCAGCUCAUUUUCUUUCUCUUCUCAACAAAAGCGAGUGAGAUUGGAAACUAAUCAUACUUUCCAGUUCUCAAAUAGCUCCUCUUCCAACGGAAAGUAAAAGGGCUUGGUAACGAGAAAUCUUGAUUCAUUUUGAGUGCAUCUUUCUGUAAUAUAUUAAUUUGCUAAUGAUUAUUAAUCAAAUUAUCAUUUAAAAAUUAAUCGCAUUUAUAACCAAUAAUAAUCAUGAUUUUAUUAAUCAAUUAAUGAAAAGCGACGUGUGGUACCAAUCUUUUUCAUCUGUUGGUUACAGGCUUGAAUACCUUAUGUAUGGAGUUUGGGCUGCCCUUUGACUUGCAGUAAUACUGCCAAAAAAAUUCACAUUUUUGUGUAAUAUUUGUUGCAUUGCAAAUUGCAAAAUAGAAUGAAUUUUUACCCACAAGCUUCUCAAAAAAAGUCUGUUAUCAGUAAAAAAAGGUUCGAUACAACGCGCAAGGAACAUACAUUCCUAAGCGAAUACAAGACUGCUCCAUUUUUUCGUGGAGUAGUUACAUCCAUGCCUGUUAAUAGUGCUACGCUGCGCAGAUAAAUAUCUUAGGCAACUGCUGUUUUAACAGUUUAUGGUAGAGUUGGAUUGUUUUUGUACGAUUUUAGAUAUUUUUUGACGUUGAAUUCUGUAGCAUUUAUAGAGUACUCCAUAUUUUAAAAUUACACGUCAAGUAUCAGUAACGUAGUUAUGGUAACAUAUCCAUGCAUUAUCGUUUAUAUACCUUAAAUAAUUUCCUACAAAGACCGAUCGUAAUAGGCAUUUUUAAAUUCAGCGUCCUAAAGAUGGUUCAGGACGGUCAGUCGCGACAAGUCAGCAUUCGCGUCGCACACACAUACGACCACAUCCUCUUUGAUAUAAAAAUACGAGUACAGUGGAUUGUCGUACGAUGCCCGAUAGAAGUCGACGUAUCUUCGUGUGCGUUUGGCUGUUGUAUCUCGGUCGAUCCUUCCAUUUAAUUUAGGAAGUAUAUAUGUAGGAGACUGGUAACGAACAUAUCCCGCAUGGAACUGUGGGUCCGUAUUGCGAGCGGCGAAAAACGUCCGCCAUUUUGCGCAUGCGUACAUCGAUUAGUUCUCACAAUUUCAAGCGGAACUUUCUGAGCCAUUGUUUUUAACUUGAUAAGAUUUAAAAAGUGUACACGUUCGAAUUCAUAGAUAAGUAUAAUAAACGAAUUGAAAAUAUAGAAAAUAAAUUGUAAGUAGAGCUAUUUUUGUACUACAAACGAAGAAAAAGAAGUUAAGUGUUUGUUUGAUAAUAAUUGUGCUUUCGUAAUUUGUCAUUUGUACCUGACAUUUUUCAUGUUUUUUUUUUUUUUAAUGUCAGUUUUUUAGUAAUUAGUAAUUUUAAUUCGAGAACUUGGGGUAAUUUUAAGCGUAUCUCGUAAGAUAAUCUCACUUAACUCAAACGAAUUCUUUUGAGUACAAAAAGCCCUGUUCUGUGAUUAUUCGGCUUUUAUUGAUCGAUUAUUUUGCCAUUACACUGAGAGAUUGAUAUGUAAUGCGCUUUAAUCUACCCCAGUUUAAAGAUUUGAUACUAAGGUUACUGACUGGUAUUAUAUUCGUUUGGUGGGUAGACCUGGGGGGAAACAAAAUCUCAACCCAGGUUUGAGAGUGAAGCAUACACGGAUACGAGACCAAACCAAACCUUAGUAAGCUGAACAGUUCAGUGUAUUACUUCAAAUAAAUGUUUCUAAUGACACUUGACUUCAAUUAUGUAUAAAUUAUAGUUUCAUCAUAAGGGGAUAUUUUUUUAGAAAGUAAUAAAACGCUACCCAGAUAAUCCUAAAACGUUUUCGUUUUUGAUAGAGUAGUUCAGUUUGUUAUGAAUACUUGUGCUAAAUCGUCUUAGGACAAAGAAGUUCGUGACAAUAGACCUCAGACUUUCCGAAAUAAAAGCAUUCUUAAUGUGUUCGGUAAUCCAAAUUUAGGGAUUUGUGUUUUUUGCCCUUUUAUUAUUUUAAUUGGUAUUUUAGGAGGAAAACAUUGUUGGUUUUUUGUGCUCUUUAAUCUUAUUCGUGGUAAAUUGUAUAAUUUUUUAUGUACAGAUUUCAAGCACUUAAUCCAGAGAUGCUAAAAACCGCUCGUUUUUUCCCUUUCCUUUCGGCCAUUUUGAAAAGUAACUUAGCCUCCUACACAAAAUUGACGCAAUAACGAAAAGAGGCUUGGUGACUUUUCAAGAUGGCGUCAACGAAACUUACGUUAAUAAUAUUGAUUUUUUCGACUUCCCCUGCCCUGGAAAUUUAAGAGUGUUGGGAUUAUUAUUGAUUUGCUUUUUCGAUAAAAGCAUAAAUUUAACCAACUGUUUUCUGCACUUAACAUCGAUAAAAUGCUGGCACUUUGAACCUUAGUUAUCUCCAUAAAGACCACUUCGAAAAUUAUCUUGUGUAAGAGAACUAGGCAGGAAAAGAAUACAAAAAAAUCAUUGAAGUUUGAGGGGUUUUUUUUGUAUUCGUUGUCCCGUUGGGUUCUUUUCUCCAAAUAAUUUUCAAAUUGGUUUGUCUAUUUGUCAUUUCAAGUAUCGAAUUAAGGAUUUGUAGUCAAGUAUAUGCCAAUAUGCAACUUGUAAACAUAUUAGAAGUAGAACUACUGUAGUUAGCACCUGUAAAUCUAAGCCAUGCAUUGUUUAAUCUUUACUAUGUAAAGUUUCGCGCAGAAACAGUCUGCCCUUAUUGUUAAUUCAAGGGCUGGUUUUAAAAAUAAAAGUGUAGCAAAAA